AUGUCGACGGACUUUUCAAUACCAUGGAUCUUAUACUUAGCAAUUCAAUAUGCAUCUGCUCCAUCUUUACAUACGCUUUCAAAUCUUAUAUUAAAAUUUCCUAAUAUUUUUUCUAAAAAAAUAAUAUUAGAUAUUCUUAAUUUUAUACCAGAAUCUACAGAACCAGAAGAAUAUCUUUCUUUAAUAUUCUAUGGAAAAUAUGAGGGAGAAGAUGAUAUAGAUAGCUCACAAAUAUCGAAAAUACAAGAUAUAGACGAUGCUACAUUAUUACAAAAACUUGAAAAACUAAAUAUAUAUCAAAAUAAUCUCAGAACAAAUGAUUUCACUAAUGAUGAAAAAUUAUAUAUUUGGUUUAUUUCAAGAGCCCAAAGAAUCGAAGAAGAAACCGGACUAAUUUCACUUUCCCGCAAACUCGUACUUACUUCUAAAUAUCCUAUACCUCUCAAAGCUCGAGAAUGGGGACACGGAAUUGUAACUACAUUAGAAUCGGUUAUAAACAGAGAAUAUAACAAUCCUUCAUUAGAAUUCAAUAUCCCAACUUUAAAACAAUUUGAAGCUCUAGAUUAUAAAAAAGCAAUUGACAUUCUUCUUCAGCAUUUAAAAAACGAUGAAAUAUUAAAAGAAAUAAGUUCUAGUGUUAUACCAUAUAUAUCCUAUCAUCAAAAGUUAUCAAAAGAAAAUGUAUGGGAUUCAUUAUGGUCAUGGCUUUUGAAUUUCAAUUCUAAACAAAAAAAUCUAAAUCUAAUGAAAUUAUUAUCUUCCAACAAUAUUGUUAGUGCGGAAGAAUACGAAAAUUUUUCAAAAUACGCAAUGGCAUCUUGUUAUUGUUGUAAAAAUAUAGAAAGAGAGAAUAUUCAUUCAAUGAAAAUAAUUUUACAAAACCUCAAACAAAAUUUGAAUAUUGAAACUAAUAAAGAUAAUAGUGUAUUAAGUGACAUAAAAAUCUCUUCAUUAAAUAUAUUUACUCCUGAAAAUAUGCAAAAUUAUUUAGAAUUAAUUACACCAAACUUUAAUUCUUUAAGUUUAUUAGAAAUAAUGAUCAAAACUGUUUCAAUUAUUAAUUCCCAAAAAGGCGGGUGCAAAAUAACACUUGCAGAAGCGAUCUGUUAUAGAAAUAAAGAGAGUAAACUUCAAAUAUCCUUAUUGCAUAAAAUGAUACCCCAAAAUCCCGAGUUUUUAAACAAAUUCAAUGAUUCAGAUUGGAUAAAAUUGAGAAAUGAUAUUGAAUGGCUCCAUAAUGUUAGUUUUAUUUAUAAAAAUAUACCAAGAAAAGAAUAUGAAUCGUUUCUACUUUAUAACAUGUUAAAAGCAACAAAAUUUGAUCUUGUAAAGAAUAUUUACAUAAAAACAAAUAAAAAAAAUAUACCUUUAGAAGAUGAAACAGUGAAAAAAAUUUGUAUAGAAGUUUUCUUAGAGUUUUUUGAUAAUUCUUCUGGUGAAAGCAUUACAAAAGGGAAUAUGAAAAAUGCCUACAAUUUAUUACAAAUGAUGAAACGAUAUUAUAAUUCACAACAAUUAGAACAUUUUUCUUACUUAAUAAACGCAACUGAUGCGUUAAACCAAUAUUUUCAUAGAUUUACACCAGCAGAAAUUCGAUUACAUAACAACCCCUUUGAAAUUUUAGAAGAUUUUUUAUCAUCUAAUCCUGGAAUAUAUAAAUCUGUAGAUAAAGUAAUAAAAAUAUCUAAUGACUUAAUUUUAGGGCUAAAUAAAAAUUACUUAGUUCCAGAAAAAGAAACUCAAGGAAAAAUAUUAUGUAUCAUUGCAGAAACAGCAUUAUCUCAAAAUGAUUUUAAUUUUGCAUAUGAUAUAUGUAUUAAUAAUUUAUUUUCUCUUUUUGAAACCGAUGAUAUAGAAACAAUAAGACCACUUAAGAACAUUAUUUGGAAAAGUUGCUUCCAAAUUUCUAAAAAACAUGAAAUAAAAGAAGAAUCGUUAGAAAAUAUAAAAAAAAAAAUGUAUCUUCUUUCAAAAGUAAUUAACAUUUGCCCAAAGGAGCAUCUAAUAGAAAUAUUAAAUGUCUGGAGACAAUUUGAAAAAGAACAAUUAUCAAUUAAAGCACAAAAAGAUUUGUCAAAAUUAAACAAUAAUUUAAUGACUAGAUACUCAAAUAUUACAGGAUCUAUACAUAUUCCAAAAUCCUUGUUUUCAUCCGCAUCCAAAGCUGCUCGAACAUUAGGAACAACGUUAUCAUCAACAUCAUUUCCUUUUAGUAAACAGAAAAUAUCAUAUAUUGCCGAAAAAAAUAUAACGAAAAAACAUUUAACAAAUGUUAAUGAAGAAUCAAGAAAUUCAAAUAACAAAUUAGAUAAUUUAGCAGAUAUUGUGACACAAAAAUUUACAUCUGGACUUGGUUGGGUUUUUGGAAUAUCAGAAGAUUAA